GCGGAUUCGAUUCUGUAGCGUGAAUACACCGAGAGACGAGGGAAGACACCGGCACGACUGUCUAAAAAGCGGAUUUUCUCUUAACCUACAGUGUAAUAUUACCAGCAUUAUUGUCGGAAGUCACUCUGUUUAGCCUGUCGGGUUUGAAAUGUUACAAUUUAGGUUCUCGAGGGCGUUAAAGGAGUUUUGCAAACCCAAUCUAACGCGCCUUUGGAAAGCUAGUAAGGUUACAGAUAAUAACGUUACAGCCGCCACCGCCGCCGGAGGAUGCGCUUCUUCAUAUAGACGCUCCCUGUGCACGCAGACAGAUGCGGCCAACGAGAAGAGAAGGAAGGCAGGCAUUUUGCCCAGCCUGGAAGAUCUGCUGUUUUACACCAUUGCAGAAGGCCAGGAGAAAAUUCCAGCUCACAAAUUUACCACGGCGCUGAAAGCCACAGGUCUGCGUACCGGAGACCCCCGUCUUAAGGAGUGUAUGGAGAUGUUAAAGGUCACCCUGAAGACCACAUCAGAUGGUGCUCUGGAUCGACAUCUCUUCAAAAAGUGUGUGCAAAGCAAUAUCGUGUUGCUAACGCAGGCUUUCCGGAAAAAGUUUGUUAUUCCCGACUUUCAGUCAUUUACCUCUCACAUCGAUCAGAUUUAUGAGAGCGCUAAAUCACUGUCGGGUGGCCAGGUGGCAGAUUACAUUCCACAGCUAGCGAAAUUUAGCCCUAAUCUCUGGGCCGUUGCUCUGUGCACUGUAGAUGGCCAGCGAUACACUGCGGGUGACACGAAAGUUCCAUUUUGUCUGCAGUCAUGUGUGAAACCUUUAAAGUACGCAGUUGCUGUUCACGAUCACGGCACUGAAUACGUGCACCGCUUUAUAGGGAAGGAACCCAGCGGUCUUCGUUUUAACAAACUCUUUCUUGACGAGGAUGAUAAACCUCACAAUCCCAUGGUAAACGCUGGCGCCAUAGUUUGCACCUCCCUCCUCAAGCAAGGUGUAAGCACUGCUGAGAAGUUUGACUAUGUGAUGAACUUUAUGAAGAAGUUGGCAGGAAAUGAAUAUGUUGGUUUCAGCAAUGCUACGUUUCAGUCAGAGAGACUGUCAGGUGACAGAAACUUUGCCAUUGGUUAUUACUUGAAGGAAAAGAAGUGUUUCCCAGAGGGUACAGAUAUGAUCUCCAUCCUGGACCUUUACUUCCAGCUGUGCUCCAUUGAGGUAACCUGCGAAAGUGCCAGUGUGAUGGCAGCCACCCUGGCGAACGGUGGCUUCUGUCCAAUCACGGGCGAGCGUGUGCUGAACCCCGAGGCUGUACGAAACACUCUGAGUCUCAUGCACUCCUGCGGCAUGUACGACUUUUCUGGGCAGUUCGCCUUCCAUGUUGGUCUCCCGGCUAAAUCAGGUGUUUCCGGAGGCAUCCUGCUGGUGGUGCCCAAUGUGAUGGGCAUUAUGUGUUGGUCUCCUCCUCUUGACAAACUGGGCAACAGCGUGCGAGGAAUCCAGUUUUGCACGGAUCUGGUCCAGCUCUGUAAUUUCCACAACUAUGAUAAUUUACGCCACUUUGCCAAGAAACUGGAUCCACGCCGAGAGGGCGGAGACCAGCGGGUCAAGUCAGUUAUCAACCUGCUGUUUGCGGCCUACACAGGAGACGUGUCAGCUCUGAGAAGGUUUGCGCUAUCGUCAAUGGAUAUGGAGCAGAGAGAUUAUGACUCUCGGACGGCCCUUCAUGUAGCUGCUGCUGAAGGUCACACUGAGGUUGUGCGUUUUCUCCUAGAGGCUUGUAAGGUGAACCCAGUGCCCAGAGACAGGUGGGGUAACACUCCCAUGGACGAGGCCAUUCAUUUCGGCCAUCAUGACGUCGUAACGAUCCUGCAGGACUAUCACAAUGCUUACAGCCCUAAGGAGACCACUGCCGACAGUGACAAGGAGACGGCUGAGAAGAAUCUGGACGGGAUGCUGUAGAGAUGAUCUGAUGCAUUAAAACACCAGGAUUUUCCCAGUGAGUCUGUGUCUGAGGUACGCAUUUGAGAAGAAACCAUGCAAAACACAAAAAAAGCCUUUAGGCCCCUUUACCUUGUUGUGGUGUUUAUGUGUAUGAUGUGUAAGUUCUGUUAACAUUGUAAUUUUGUUUAAACUUAUCGGUGGAAUGUAGCCUCAUAAAGGUCUUUAGCUGUAUUUAGCUGUAUCUUCACAUAAACAUACAGUAUGAAUAGAAUAUACUCAUUACUUCUAAAUGGUUCAUGUACAUUCAUGUAUGUUUGAGAACCUUCAUAGAUGCCUAAUAAUGUCAGAUAUUUAAGAAUAUCUAGGAAAAGGCAGCUUGACUGGAGAGGGUAGCAUUGGGAGGCAUGUGUCAUUCUGAUAUAUAUUUUUUACACUUUUUCUUUAUCCUCUACUUUAGUCUUAACAUGUAGAACAAUAGUUGUUAUUUAUGCCUUUUAAUUGUGGAUCUUGUGAAUAUGUUCCAAAUAUGACACUGUUCUUUGAUUGUCAAAAAAAAAGAAGCACUUUUUAAUUUUUUUGCACAAAUGUAAUUUUUUUUUCUUUCAUUUGUAUUAUUUAUUUGUUUUUUUUAAAUAUCUUUCUUAAUUAAUUUAAAGUAACACUUUACAUUAAGUUUUUAAAAAUAAGUUUUACAAUUACAGUUAACAUUAGUUAAUUUAGGUAUCAUGCUAAUAAUUAACAAAAUUUAUUAAUCUAGGCAAUUAAAAAAAUAUACUCUUGUUCAUUGUUAAUUCAUAUUGGUUUAAGGUAGUUUGUACUGUAGUAUCUUUAGAAAAUUAGUAUCUGUAGAAAUUAAAAAAAUAACCAAGAUUAAUAAAUGAUGUAAAAGUAUUAUUGUUUGUUAAUUCAUGAUUCACAUCUACCUGAUGUUAACUAACUGAAACUUAUUGUGAAGUGUUACUGAAAUUACUUUUAAGCACUAGAAGGACCCUUUUCGAUUUUCCCUGUAUUUGAUAUCUAUGUGCUUAAUGUCAACGAAUGAAACUUAUUGUAAAGUCUUACCAGAAUUACUUCAAAGCACUAGAAGGACUAUUUUCCACCUGCCCAUUCAUUAUACUACAAGAAGUUCCUGUAUUUGAUACCUUUAUACUUUACAAUACGCUUUGUUCAUGGUAACGAAUUGAAACUUAUUGUAAAGUGUGUCCAAAAUUACUUUAAAGCACUAGAAGGACAAUUUUUAUACCUGACUCUUCAAUGUACUACAGGAAUUUCCUGUAUUUGAUAGCCAUCUAACUAAUGUUAACAAAUUGAAACUUAUUGUAAAGUGUUACAUACUUUACAAUUACUUUAAAGCACCAAGAGCACCCAUUCAUUGUGCUACAGGAAUUUCCUGUAUUUGAUAGCCAUCUAAUGUUAACAAAUUGAAACUUACUGUAAAGUGUUAGCACCCAUUCACUGUACUACAGGAAUUCCUUGUAUUUGAUACCUUUAUGCUUACCUAAUGUUAACUGAAACUUAUUGUAUGCUGUCACCGUAAUUACUUUUAAGCACUAGAAGGACCAUUUUCCUACCUGCCGGUUCAUUGUACUACAGGAAUUCCCUGUAUGUUGGUACCUUUAUAAUUUACAGUUGUUAACAUUAGUGAAGUGUCACCAAAAUUACUUUAAGGCACUAGAAGGACCAUUUUUUUCUGGACUUUUAUUGUACUACAGGAAUUCCCUGUAUUUGAUACUUAUCUGCUUAAAGGGGUUAUAUGAUGCGAUUUCAAGUUUUCCUUUCUCUUUGGAGUGUUACAAGCUGUUCGUGAAUAGAUAAGAUCCCUAAAGUUGCAAAGACUAAAGUCUCAAAACGCCCCGUUUAAACAUG